ACGUGUGGGCGGGGGCUUCCCGGGAGUUUGUGGCUGGCUCUGUAACCUGAUCUUCGGUUUAGAGUCAGACUGGGAGCGUGGCAGUGAAAGGGUGGCAGCAGGGUUCUACUUUGCAGACCUGGUUUCUCAUGUCUUUCUGCUCCCCAUCUACUCAGAUUCUAUGCAAGAGGUGCAGACAAUGAUCAACUUCCAGGAAUCAGUGGUGUUCCAGGACGUGGCAGUGGACUUCACCACAGAGGAGUGGCAGCUGCUUGACUGUGACCAGAGGACCUUAUAUUGGGAUGUGAUGCUGGAGAACUUCAGAAACCUCAUCUCAGUGGGGGCUCCAAUUACUAAAACAAAAGUGACCUUGAAGGUGGAGCGAGGACAGGAGCCAUGGAUGGCAGAGGGAGAGAACGCAUGUUGGAACUAUCCAGAAGCUGACUGCCCACAUAUUGAUGAAUCAGAGCAGCACCAGGGAAACAAAGGCAAUUUUUUAAAUUCAGUUUUGUUCACAUUCAAUAAAAUUCUGACUACGGAGAGACUCCAUGGUUAUACUAUGAACACAAUUCUUAAUCCUGCAAGAAAAAAAUCAUAUAUAUGUAAGUCAUAUGGGAAGACUUUACAACCUGCUUUAGAUGAACUUAAUUAUAAUAUAGAUUAUCCUGGGGAAGAUGCUUAUAAAUGCAAUGAAUGUGGGAAGGCCUUCAAAAAGAAGUUUCAUUUCAUUAGGCAUGAAAAAAAUCAUAUGAGGAAAAAACCCUUUGAAUGCGGUGACUGUGGGAAAGCCUACAGCAGGCGGGCACACCUUGCAACUCAUCAGAAAAUUCAUAAUGGCCAGAGACCCUUUGUGUGCAGUGAAUGUGGGAAAGCUUUUAUGCACAAAGCGCAACUCGUGGUCCACCAGAGACUUCACACGGGAGAGAAACCUUAUGAGUGCAGCCAGUGCGGGAAGUCUUUCACUUGGCACUCCUCCUUCACUCAGCAUGUGAAAUCUCACACACUGGAGAACUCAUUUAAAUGUAAGGAAUGUGGGAAAACCUUCAGGUAUAGUUCAUCCCUUUAUAAACAUUCUAGAUUUCAUACAGGAGAGAAACCCUACCAGUGUAUUGUGUGUGGCAAAGCCUUCGGCAACACGUCUGUGCUUGUUACACAUCAAAGAAUUCAUACGGGAGAGAAACCUUACGGAUGUAUGGAAUGUGGCAAAGCCUUCAUCAAGAAGUCUCAUCUCCUUAGACAUCAGGUAACUCAUACAGGAGAAAAGCCCUAUGAAUGUGAUAGGUGUGAUAAAGCAUUUUCCCAGAAGUCAAAUCUUCUUGUACAUCAGAAAAUUCAUACAUAAUAUUCACUUUAUGAGAAAGCCUUCAGUAUUAGAGAAAUCUGAUUAAGUAACAUGGUGAGGAGAAAUCCAACCGUUUAGAUGAAUUUGGAAGAGUAGAUGCUUGUAAAAUAUAACGCCAGUCAAUUCUGAAACUUGUAACAAAUUUUACAGGAAAGAUCACAGAAAGCACUGAACUGUAAGUAAUAAGUCACUGGAAAGUAAACACAUUAAAUCAAGCACAUAGUAAGAACUAUAUACCAACCCUGGUUUAAAAAAUUUUUUUAAAGAUUUAUUUAUUGAUUCAUACAGAACUAUGG